AUGUCUAGAAUGAAAGUUCCAGAAUUUCAAAAAACUUUACAUUCAAAAACGGGAUUUGCAAUAAUUAUAAUAAUUGGGU